UUUCAUAGUUAUCCAAAUCUUUCUCAGCUCCUGCUGCCAUGACUCGUUUCUUCUGCUGUGGAAGCUACUUCCCAGGCUAUCCUUGCUAUGGAACCACUUUCCACAGGACCUACAGAGCUAUGCCCCUGAACUGUGUCAUGCCCCUGGGCUCUCCCCUGAACUACGGUAAUGGAUGCAAUGGCUACAGCUCCCUGGGCUUUGGUGGCAGCAACAUUAGCAGCCUGGGCUGUUGCUAUGGUGGCAGCUUUUACAGGCUGUGGGGCUCUGGCUCUGGCUUUGGCUACAGCACCUACUGAUGGACUAACGGCUCCAGGCCACAACAGGACCCCCAGUCAAUUCUCUGUGCACAGAACGACCUGAACAAUGUGACUGUCUUCCUGCCUCCUGAUGUGCUUGAGAGAUACGUCUUCCAUCUUCUUGCUGACUUCGUACUGAGAUCCUGGUCUUUGAGGAUGCUGGGCAAGUCACCCAGGCAUCAAGUGCUGCACUGAUACUCAUCUCUAGCCAAAGCAAGAUGUAUUUCUCUGAUAUACCUGAAUUUUACUAGCGAAGCAAGCAGUUUGUAUCUGAUCAUUGCUCUUCCCAUGUAUUCUUAAA